CUCGUUGAACAGACGAAGGGGCGCGAGGGGCGCCCACGGGGAAAAGCUAGAGAGACAAGCCAAUUCUUGACCUGAUCCACCAGUAAUGCUGGCCUCCCCUCAAGGCAUUGGCACUAUGGACAUGACUUCAAGACCCACGUCUCGAGAGUCUUGUCCACUCGCCCACUUACAAGCUAGAGCUUGCCCAAGGAGACGCGAUCGGGAGUAUACGGAUCCAGGGAGAAGACAAGUGUCUGCAAGAGUUAUAACGGUGGAGGGCAGCCCGAUGCACUUCAAACCGCGCAUGUAUGCGCGUGAAACAGAAGUCGAGCGUGAGCUCCAUAUUCUAACGCGUAUGGACAAAGUCGGGCUGACUGCUCGGCUCAGAAUUGCCAGACUGCAGGGUUUGGUGGUAUCAGGCGUGGUUACCAUCGGCAUGUUGAAGACACUGAUGACAUCGCUCAGCAUCGGGACCCACUUGCGACGUCCUGGCCUUCAGGACAGGCACGAGUUGCAUAAACAGUGGGAAGAACAGCUCACAACCAUGGUACGGGGGCUGCAUGUCCACGAUAGUGUGUGGGGCGAUGUCGGCGCGAUGAAUGUUGUUGUUGACGAGGAGAUGGAGCCGAAUUCGUGGACAAUGAGCAGCGCAAGAUCAUCGAGGGCGACGGACAGAGCAUCACGAGGCUGUUUCAGAAAGGGCUUCCAGACGCAGCGAGAUGGAGCCAGUCGUGAUGAGGGUUUAUGGAGCGUAGACGUCAGCUAUGCCACGUGUAUUUGGCCUGUACUCUCAACACGCAUGUGUACCUGGGUCCGUGCUGUGACGCUGUCGAAUGCCAUGGGUGACUAAGGCGGUUAUUUGCGCAAUUGGACCCUGAAUCUCAUCAUUUG